AUGGCGUCUUUUUUCUUCACUUUCUCUCUUGUUUUCCAGCUCUCUCUUUUCCAUGGAAGCUCCUCGCUUACCACCAUCGGCAUCACCUACACAUCACCCACCACCACUACUGCCGCCAAUGCGCCGCCACUGCCGCCGGAACGUAUUGCUUCCACUGUUACCUCUCUAAACUUCCAGGCAGUUUGCCUCCCUGGGGCUGAUCCUUCAAUAAUCCGAGCCUUCGCUUACACAAACACCUCCCUUCUCCUCUCCAUCCCCAACAUUCUGGUCCCACCGUUAGCCUCGAAUAGCUCUUUAGCUCUCGGGUGGCUCUACCGUCACGUACUUCCUUUUUACCCGCGCUCAAGAAUCUCUUUAAUCUUAGUUGGGAACGACGUCUUCGAUUCGACCCCGGAUUUCUCACCUUUUCUUCUCCCCGCCAUGAGAAAUGUCUAUUUAGCCCUCUGUGAUCUCGGCAUUAAUAAGGUUCUGGUUUCUACAACCUUCUCCUUCUAUAACAUAAUUACGAUGUCGUUUCCGCCAUCUUCGGCGCGGUUUGAAGAACCGGCGGGGAGUCUUGUUCUGAAGCCUUUGCUUCAGUUCUUGGAUGAUACAAACUCGUCCUUUUUGGUGAAUCUUUAUCCGUACAACAUGUACAGGCUCUACAGUGAGAUACCCCUAGGGUUUGCUCUGUUUCAAGAUUUCCCUUUUAAUUUCAGGGACGAUUUGGUGACUGGCGUGAGGUAUAAGAAUCUUUUUGACAUGAUGGCGGACUCGGUUGUUAGCGCCAUGGCGGUGGCCGGCCACGUGAACACCCUUAUCAUUGUGGCGAAGACUGGAUGGCCGAGCUCAGGUGCUGAUAGUGGUGAGGUGGAAGCCACUCGGGGUUAUGCUGAGAUGUACUUGAAGGGUUUGGUGGCGCAUUUGAGAUAUGGGUUGGGUAUGUCGUUGAGAAAAGAAGGGAUUGCUGAGGUGUACAUUUACGAAUUGGUUGACAAAGAAGGGAAAGGUAACAUAAGUUGGGGGAUUUUGCAUCAGAAUUUGACUAAGAAGUACAAGGUUGAGUUCUCUGGUGGGUUCAAGAUUGGUAGAUUUGGAGGCUUAUUGAUGUUUGUGGCGGUUCAUUUCUCAAUUUUGCUCUGUAUUUAG